GGGGAAGCGGCGGCGGCGGCGGGACCGGAGCGGUGCGGGAGCCGGAAAUGGUCGUGGACGGCGCCUGUGCGGCUGCGUGGGGCUCGGCCGCGCGGACUGAAGGAGACUGAAGGCUGGCGGAGGCCCAGGAGCCGCAGGCCUCACCGUGGACUUGACCUUUCCCGAGGGGGUGCCGGGGGGACCCUGAUGUGGCAACAAAUGAAAUGAACAAAGCUCCACAGCCCACAGGCCCCCCGCCCGCCCCGUCCCCCGGACUCCCGCAGCCGGCGUUCCCCCCGGGGCAGGCGGCACCGGUGGUGUUCAACGCGCCGCAAGCGACACCAAUGAACACGCCUUCUCAGCCCCGCCAGGGAGGAUUCAGGUCUCUGCAGCACUUCUACCCGAGCCGGGCGCAACCCCCGAGCAGCGCCGCCUCCCGAGUGCCAAGCGCGGCCCCCGCCCGGCCCGGCCCGGCUGCCCACGUCUACCCUGCCGGCUCCCAAGUGAUGAUGAUUCCCUCCCAGCUCUCCUACCCGGCCUCCCAGGGCACCUACUACAUCCCCGGACAGGGGCGCUCCACUUACGUCGUCCCGACCCAGCAGUACCCCGUGCAGCCGGGAGCCCCCAGCUUCUAUACCAGCGCCAGCCCCACCGAGUUCGGCACCUACGCGGGCGCCUACUACCCGGCGCAGGGCGUGCAGCAGUUCCCGGCCGGCGUGGCCCCCACCCCUGUCAUGAUGAACCAGCCGCCCCAGAUGGCUCCCAAGAGGGAGCGCAAGACGAUCCGGAUUCGAGAUCCCAAUCAAGGAGGGAAAGAUAUCACGGAGGAGAUCAUGUCCGGGGCCCGGACCUCGUCCACCCCCACGCCCCCUCAGGCGGGUGGAAGCCUGGAGCCGCAGGCCAACGGAGAGGCGACUCACGUAGCCGUCGUGGUCCGGCCAGACGACCGGCCGCAGGGCGUCCCGGCGGGAGGCCGGGCGGGAGCCGCUCCGGAGCAGAGCCCCUCGGAGUCCCCCUCGCAGACCCCCCUGCCCUCCCCGGCCCGCUCGCCCCCCUCGGUCAUAGAGCAGGGGCCUGAGCCCAGCCCCCCGGCCCUGGCCGGCCCCGGGGACACAGGGACGCCGGGGUCGCCGGGGGUCGCGCCGGUGACUGUGCCGGCCGAGCCGCCCGUCCCCCACGAAGCCAGGGGCCCGGCUUGCCCCUCCGCGCAGCCCCCCGCUCCCCCCGAGCCGGCGGCCGGGGAGGAAGCGUCGGCCCCGAGCCCGCCGCCCGAGCCCGAGCCGCUGCCCCCCGCCGCUCUCCGGGGCCCCGGUUCCCCCCUGCCGCCUCCCGAGCCGGAGGCCGCUCCCGAGCCGAACGGCCUGUCCCCGUCCAAAGAGCCGGAACCGGAGCCCGAGCCGGAGCCGACGACUGCGUCCCCGCCCCCGGCCUGCCCCCCGGAACCCGUUUUGGCCGCCCCCACAGCUCAGCCCGAGGAGCUGCCCAACGGGGCCCCCUCCCCCCCAGCCACGGACCCGAACCCCAUCUCGGAGCCCGAGGGGCGGCCCGAGGAGCGGCCCGAGGAACCGUCCGAGGAACCGUCCGAGGAGCGGCCCGAGGAGCGGCCCGAGGAGCGGCCCGAGGAGCGGCCCGAGGAGCGGCCCGAGGAGCGGCCCGAAGAGCUUCCGGCCGCAGCCCUCCCCGCCCCGCCCCCCGAGGCUCCCCUUGCUGCCGUCCCCCCGGCCGCUCCCCCCGCCCGGGGGGAGGCGGAGGAAGAGGAGGAGGAGGAGGAGGAAGAGGAGGAGGAAGAAGAGGAGGAAGAGGAAGGUGGUGGUGAAGAGGAAGGCGGAGAGGCACGGGAAGGGAAAGGAGGGGAAUCGUCUGUCCCGGAGAGCGCCCCCGUCCCGGCUCCCCCUACCCAGAAUCCUGAAGAAACGGCCACAGCAGUGGCAGUGUCGGUGCCAAAGAGGAAGCGGAGGAUAAAGGAGUUGAACAAGAAGGAGGCCGUGGGGGAUCUUCUAGAUGCCUUCAAGGAGGUGAGCGAGGGGGUGUCCGAGGUGGAAAACCAGCCCCCCGCAGGCACCGUCCCCGCCGCGGAGCCCGAGGGUGGCGGCGGCGGCGGCGGCGGCGGCGGCGGCGGAGGAGCCCCCGCCCCGCCCGAGGAUGCCGACGAAACCUGGGAGGAGAAAGAGGAUAAGAUGGACAAUGCCGAGAACAUCCAGCCCGGAGACCAGAAGUACCAGUACAAAGAGGAAAACUGGAAGCCCCUCAACCCCGAAGAGAAGAAACGUUACGACCGGGAGUUCCUGCUUGGCUUCCAGUUCAUCUUCGCCAGCAUGCAGAAGCCCGAGGGCCUGCCGCACAUCAGCGACGUCGUGCUGGACAAGGCCAACAAGACCCCCCUGCGGCCUCUGGACCCCACCCGGUUGACGGGCAUGAACUGCGGCCCCGACUUCACCCCGUCUUUUGCCAACCUCGGCCGGCCGACCCUCAGUAGCCGCGGCCCUCCGAGGGGCGGGCCGGGCCUGGGGCCGGGCGGGGAGCUGCUGCCCCGCGGGCCGCCGGCCGGCCUGGGCCCCCGCCGCUCUCAGCAGAGCCUCCGCAAGGAGCCGCGGAAGAUCAUCGCCACGGUGUCCCUGAGCGAAGACGUCAAACUGAACAAGGCCGAGAAGGCUUGGAAGCCCAGCAGCAAGCGCGGCCCCACGGAGAAGGAGCGGGGCGAGGAGGAUGCCGACAGCAAGACCCAGGACCUGUUCCGCAGGGUGCGCUCCAUCCUGAACAAGUUGACGCCCCAGAUGUUCCAGCAGCUGAUGCGACAGGUGACGGAGCUGGCCAUCGACACCGAAGAGCGGCUCAAGGGGGUCAUCGACCUCAUCUUCGAGAAGGCCAUCUCCGAGCCCAACUUCUCCGUGGCCUAUGCCAACAUGUGCCGCUGUCUCAUGGGGCUGAAAGUGCCCACGACGGACAAACCGACCGCGACUGUGAACUUCCGGAAGCUGCUGCUGAACCGGUGUCAGAAGGAGUUUGAGAAGGACAAGGACGAUGACGAAGUGUUUGAGAAGAAGCAGAAGGAGAUGGACGAGGCCGCCACGGCGGAGGAGCAGGGACGGCUCAAGGAGGAGCUGGAGGAGGCCCGGGAUAUCGCCCGACGGCGAUCCCUGGGAAACAUCAAGUUCAUCGGGGAGCUGUUCAAGCUGAAGAUGCUGACGGAGGCCAUCAUGCACGACUGCGUGGUCAAGCUGCUCAAGAACCACGACGAAGAGUCCCUCGAGUGCCUCUGCCGCCUGCUCACGACCAUCGGCAAGGACCUCGACUUCGAGAAGGCCAAGCCCCGCAUGGAUCAGUACUUCAACCAGAUGGAAAAGAUCAUCAAGGAGAAGAAGACCUCAUCCCGGAUUCGGUUCAUGCUGCAGGAUGUGCUGGAUCUGCGCAGGAGCAGCUGGGUCCCGCGCCGGGGGGACCAGGGCCCCAAAACCAUCGACCAGAUCCACAAAGAGGCCGAGCUAGAAGAGCACCGAGAGCACAUCAAAGUGCAGCAGCUCAUGGCCAAGGGUGGCGACAAGCGCCGGGGGCCGCCCGGACCACCUCCAGGCCGCGGUCUGAUCGUGGAUGACGGCGGCUGGAACACCGUCCCUAUCAGCAAGGGCAGCAGGCCCAUCGACACCUCCCGCCUCACCAAGAUCACCAAGCCUGGCUCCAUCGACUCCAACAACCAGCUGUUUGCACCCGGCGGGCGGCUGAGCUGGGGCAAGGGCAGCAGUGGCGGUAGCGGGGCCAAGGCUCCGGAGACGGCGUCCGAGUCCGGCCGCUCGGCCACCAGCACCUUGAACCGCUUUUCGGCCCUUCAGCAGGCGGCACCCGCGGAGAGCGCGGAUACCCGGCGAGUGGUACAGAGGAGUAGCCUGAGCCGGGAGCGGGGCGAGAAGGCCGGAGAGAGGGGAGAGCGGGGCGGGGAGCGGGGAGACCGGCCGGAGCGAGCCCGGGCCCCCGUCACCAAGCGCAGCUUCAGCAAGGAGCCGGAGGAGCGGAGCCGGGAACGGCCUCUCCCUCCCGACGGGCUGCGCAAGGCGUCUAGUCUGACGGAGGACCGUGGCCGGGACCCUGCGAAGCAGGAGGCGGCCCUGCCCCCGGCAGCCCCCCAAAAGGCGGCCCUGUCAGAGGAGGAGUUAGAAAAGAAAUCCAAGGCCAUCAUUGAGGAGUUCUUGCAUCUCAAUGACAUGAAGGAGGCCGUGCAGUGCGUGCAGGAACUGGCCUCGCCCUCCCUGCUGUUCAUCUUCGUGCGGAACGGCAUCGAGUCGACGCUGGAGCGCAGCACUAUCGCCCGCGAGCACAUGGGCCAGCUGCUGCACCAGCUGAUAUCCGCGGGCCACCUCCUCUCCGCCCAGUACUACCAGGGGCUCCACGAGAUCCUGGAGGUGGCGGAAGACAUGGAGAUCGACAUCCCUCACGUGUGGCUCUACCUGGCUGAACUGGUGACCCCCAUGCUGCAUGAAGGGGGCCUGUCGAUGGGGGAGCUGUUCAGGGAGAUCGCCAAGCCGCUGAGGCCUCUGGGCAAGGCCAGCCCCCUGCUGCUGGAGAUCCUGCGGCUGCUCUGCAAGGGUGUGGGUCCCAAAAAGACGGGGUCCCUCUGGCGAGAGGCAGAACUGAGCUGGAAGGAGUUUCUGCCGGAGGACCGGGACGUCAACGCCUUCAUCGCCGAGCAGAAAUUGGAGUACACGCUCGGGGAGGAACCCGAGGCCCCCAGCCAAACAGAGCUGCCCUCAGAGGAGCUGAGCAAGCAGUUAGAGAAGCUGCUCAAGGAGAAUACCAACAACCAGGGCGUCUACGAGUGGAUAGAGACCAACCUGAGCGAGCCGCAGGUGGCGUCCAAUACGUUGGUGCGGGCUCUCAUGACAGCAGUCUGCUACUCUGCCAUUAUCUUCGAGUCUCCGCUUCGGGUGGAUGUGGCGGUUCUUAAAGCGCGAGCGAAACUGCUUCAGAAGUACCUGAACGACGAACAGAAGGAGCUCCAGGCCUUAUACGCCCUCCAAGCCCUCGUAGUCACCCUGGAGCAGCCGGCCAACUUGUUGCGGAUGUUCUUCGACACGUUGUACGACGAGGACGUGGUGAAGGAGGAGGCCUUCUACGGCUGGGAGACCAGCAAGGACCCCGCGGAGCAACAAGGCAAGGGGGUCGCCCUCAAGUCCGUCACCGCCUUCUUCACGUGGCUGCGCGAGGCCGAAGAGGAGUCCGACCACAAUUGAGGGCCCGGCCGGCCCGCACGGACUGCCGUGGGGGAGGCGGGUGGUCGGGGGGCGGGCGGGGAGGGAGGGGACGGUGGCGCGCGCCUGUAGCGCGGUGUGUCGAGCUAAUAAAGCGGUGGCCGACGAGGCA